AUGCCCGACAGGCGGCCGAGGAGGCGGUCCGGCCGGGCGCCCGCUCGCCGCUCUCUCACUGGCAGGCCGGCGGGGCAGGGGGCCGCGGCGGUUGGGCGCGCGGGGCGGCUGCGGCGACUGCGGCGACUGUGGAGACUGUGGAGCGGGGAUGCGCUGCUGGCCGCUGCACUCACUCCUCUGCCGCCGCCGCACGAGGAGCGCCGGCCGCGUCACAGCCCGCCCUCGCGCUCGCCACUGAUUGGCCGCCGUCCGCCGGCCCGGCGCAUCAUAACCGCCGCCGCCCUCGCCACGCCGCCUCCCCAUUGGCUGCGGCGCCGCCCCCAACCCAGAGCGCUGCGGCCUCCGAAGCUGCAGGAUGAAGACAACAGCAUCACAAGGAGGAAGCCAGGAUCCCUGUGUUACCACAAGGAUGAGAGAUGCCUAACCAAGACCGUCUGCAAGGAUUUUGUGUGAGCCAGAAGCAGAGCUGUGUGGUGUUCAGCCACUGAGAUUUGAGGGCUGUUUGUUACAGCAGUUGACCUAUCCUGACUGACACAUCACAUCAUUCCUUUCCCCACCAUGUGUCUAACAUGCUACCAAAUUGAAUUUUAAGUAAAUUAGUACUUAUAAAUUAAGUACAAAUGCUUUUCAAAUUCACAUGAAUCUUUGGUAAAUAAAACUGGUUGUAAAAUUAUUGAUAAA